CACUACUGACAGUCAGUGACAGCGUGAGAACGUAGUUAUUGUGAAAUGAAAGUAUUCUCUUCAGUACAGUGAAUUUUGUCUGCAAUCUGCAUCAGUAGUACUCUCAUUAAAUCUUCAUUUAUCUGUUUCAUAAAGAAAUACAGAUAAUAACAGAGAGUUGAAAGCUUGUGGAGGACUGUGAAACGAAGUUAAAAAAGUGGCACAUCAGCCGACCUGCUUACAGAUUAUCUCUUUUGAGAUGGUCUGGUAUGCGGUUGAAGCAUGCUGCUCCCUUGUAUGAGGGUGUCUUACAAAACGGCUGAGGUGCACCCCAAAUACAAUUGUAUAUGACAAAUACAGAUAUAGACAGCCAAAAUAUGCUGUGAGGAGGACAUUCUCAUCAAGAAACUGUGCAAGCCUCUUAAUAACAAAUAUACUGCUGUUUAACUUACCAGAAAGUCAUCAUUAGAUUUUGAUAAUGGAAGACUUUUUGAAAACGCUUGAUAAAGGAAUUAUAUUUGGACACGUCAAGGGGAGUGAUUUCCAGACUCUUGAGACUGAGAGACUAAAGCAAGAGGAAAAACUCAAAGAAGAAUUUAAAAAAAUAGAAAAAUUAAGGAAAGUAGAAUUGGAAGAAAAGGAGUUACAAGAACUUGAAGAUCACUUGUUGGCUUUAGAAGAACAGAAGUUUGACCUUGAAUUCAAACGCAAUCAUUGCCUAAUACAGAAUACCUCGCAUAAGUCUGUCGGCCGAGGAGGUAUGAUGAGACAGCUGAUAAAAGAAAAGGAAUUGAUUGGCAAUACGAUAAAAGGACGUGGUCGUUACUCUAAAAGUCAAUGCCAACAGAUGGCUCAGAAUCCAAUAUUCAAGAAAGAAGAAAUGGUCAGAAACUUCAUCCGUCAGGGACCUUUUAGAGGAGAGGCCUUGCAGAGUAACAACUACCAGAUGCAGGUCUGGCAGGAAAAGCCUUUCACACAAGUUUCUUCCUCUUCGUCCACAGAUUCUUCUGAGCAGUUUGAAGAUGCCCAGAACAGCUUAAGUUCAGCAACAGAUUCUUCUGAGCAGUUUGAAGUUGCACAGAAAAGCUCAAGUUCUCCACAACCCCUUAAGGACCCACAAAGUGCAAGUAGUAGUGUGGAAAGCUUCAAAUCUGCCAACCCUCUGAAGUCUUCAACUACUCCACCACUUUACACAUUCAAGGAGAUAUGUCCCCCCUUGGAAAAAACAUUCCCAGACCUACUGUGCAAAGAUGACUUCCCACCACUGCCUGUAUCCAGCAAUCAAAGGAAGCCUAGAAAAACACGCAUUGCUGCGAAAUUUUCUAAUAUGUAUUUAAAUGAGGAGGUUCAAAGUCCAACUGAGGACAGAUUGUCAAUAUUGACCUCCUCUGCUCCCCGACUGAUUCCCACCGUGCUUCCCGAGUCCAAAUUUGUCUCCAUCAAUGAUCUCCGCCCUUCUCAGCGCAUUAUCAGUUCCAACCUCCUCAAACCCAGUGACAUUCAGAAAAGUUCCCAAUUUGGUACCAACUUGAAUGAAAAUAAUCUUCCUGUCUUAUAACAUAAUUUUAUACUUCACUGGUCUUUUCAGCUAUAUGACAUAUACUGCGUUAUGAAAUACUGUAUGAUUCAUCACUUCAGUAUUGAUACGUUUUAGGUAUAUGUAAAAUUAUUUUAUUCAGUUAAUGUUAUAUUUUUUUUAUAUAAAAUGACAACUGCAGCCUGAUUUGUAGAUGGAUAAAAAUUAUACCCUAAAAUGACUGUUUUUUCUCAAGAAUUAAAGAAACUACAUUUACCAUCUAUGUAAUUUUAAAAAGUAAUGAAUUUUAAAAGUGUGUUUUUAAUGUUCUUUUUAGAUUACAUUGUUUAGGUACAAAUUUACUUCUGGGUUUCAUUUUGGCUUUUGAGUUUUGGUCAACUGAGUGUAUUUCUAUAUUCAUUCACGUGAUCAGAAUAUGUUUUCUCUUGACUUAUGCUUUCUUUAUAAUUUACAUUAGUGUUUCAGUUACUCUUACACAUUAUUAAACUUAAUAAGUGCUAAACUUUUGACUUUUUACAAAAAUGUAAAUAAGCUUUGUAUUUUAUUGUGAUAUUACAGAAUUGUAUUAUUUAUCUACUUAAAAUGUAAUAGAUAUAUCUGAAAAUGUGAAACAUGUCAAAGAUGUAUUUUUGUAUAAUGUGUAUACUUAACCAAUAUUCUGUUUUUAUAAAAUAUUUCAAUAUGAAAACAUAGCACUAACAUAUCUUGAAAAGUUUCCAAACGUAAGAAUAAACCGCUCACUUAACAUUAGCGAGUAAUGACAAAUAUUUACUUUAUAACCUUGUAAUCAAACUGUGAUUUUACAAGGUCUGAUUUAUAUGGAAGUAAUUUAAUAAUGAUACUGGUCAUUUAUUGUGAUUUAGUAAUUGUAUGAUAUUUUAGAUUAAUAUUGCAAUGAAAUUAUUAUAAUAUUUCAGAGUUUUAAGUUAAGAGUAUUUGAUUUAAGGCUUAAUAAAAUAUCUAUGCUUAUUAUCGAAACAUGUCUUUGUAGAGGUUAGUAACAGUGAGAGUUGAGAUUACGCACAAUAGUUAUGGUUACCAUAUAAAUCAUAAUAUUAAAACAGUCUUAUAAAUCCAAUUUUAAGAUGUGUCGAAUACCAUUCAAAUUUUAUAGAAUUUGUUGUUUCUUUCCAUUUUAGACCACUCUAAAAUUGAAUUAGUAUGAAACCCAAUUACUGUUCAUUAUGUAUAUGGAACCUUUUGUUCAAACUACAGUUAAAAUUGGUUAAUUGAAUUGAAUCCUGUUUUCUAUAUUUUUAUCACACAGCACAUGGAUAAUGAAAGAAAACCAAAUAUGUGGGAUUAUGUUCUUUCUUUGGCUCGUAGGCAAUUUUAAAAUUUUAUGUGACUUUAAUAUGGUGGUGGCUGAUCAGUAAUGCUUUCAAAGUUAUCUCUCUAGUAAAUAUUAGGUUAACUUAUAAGACAGACUUGUGUUAAAGAUACAAAGAUCAAUUAAAAGUGUGUUAUAUAUCAAUAUGAUCUGUUAUUUUGGUCUGGUGUUCACGUACAAGAUGACUGAGACUAGUUUUCCAUCGCAGUUGAAACAAAGAGGUAAUUGUGUUUCUUGUCACAGAUUGAUCCCAAGAUUGUUUCCCGAUUGAAAUUCAUCAGUGAUUGAUACAUUUUUUUAGGAAAAAAUCAUGAAACACAAACAUGCAGGGUCACCACUUCCAUGAAAGUUUAAAAAUUGGGCGAAGACCAGAAAGCUUAAACUGACUUUUUUUGAAUUCACAAGGUGUGAUUAUGGCUGAAUACUUACCAUGUGGUUAAACCGUCAAUCCUAAUGCUUACUGUGAGACACUGGGGAAGCUAAAAUCUAGGAUUACACGAAUUUGAACCAGAGUGCUCAAAAUUCUUAUUGCAUCACAAUAAUCCACAACACCAUUGCGCCUUCAAACAUGUGGAAAGAUUGAGCGCUUGGCAACGAACCCCUCUCACUCACCGUAUCCAGAUUUAGAAUCCAUGUGACUUCUGGUUCAUCCUACAAUUAAAAAGAAACAUAAAGUGAAUUUGAUAUUAUUCUGAUGAUGAUGAAAUUAUUAAAAUCACGAGUAAAAAACUGGCUCAAAGGUAAAAAUGUAGAAUUUUUCUCAAUGGAAUGCCAAAAAUGAUUCAUUGCUGGUGUAAAUAGAACUGAAUGGUGAUUAUAUAGAAAAAUAAGUGUAGAUCUUUGAUAUGCUGUCAAGCUUAAUUUUGCAGAUUAGUUUUUUUUAUUGUGUCCAUCCUAACCGACUUUAGGACUUUGAAAGCAUAACUUAUCAGCCGCCUCUUGUAUUAUUUAUUACAUAUGUUAGCUAAAUGAUACUCAAAUUUGUGACAAUGUGUAUUUUAUUCUUUAAAUUUUAAAUUCCAUAUGGUGGUACAAUUUGGAAAUUUUCUUCUUAAAUCAGUCUGAAUGCCUAAGCAUAUAUUUUGGAAUACUUAAUAAAGAGUUUAAAAAAAUUCCUAUGUGCAAUAAAAAUUCAAGUAAUGAAACUGUUUAAUUUUUUAUAGUUAGCUACUUGAAAUCUUAUCAGUAUAUUUUACUACUACAUGGAUCAAAUAGCACUAGUUGCCUAAUUAUUAGAUUAUAUUUACAUUUUAUACACAGGGAUAACAAACAAGAGAGAUGGUAUUUUAUAAAUAUUCUGCUUUUGGAAGGAAGAGUGGUGAAUCUUGGAAUAGAAGUUAGCUGUGCACUUCAGGCCCCAGAUUUUUAUUUCCAUAUUAUUAUUUUUCUCUGUGAUUGCACAGAUUAUAAUGUUGCAAAAAGAGUAGAAUCAUUGCAAUAAAUACAUAAACAACACAUGUCAUGCAGGCUAGGACUCGUUACAGAUAUAGUGCAUGUAUAUUCUGAAAAUCGCAGCAAGAAUUACUGAUUUUCUGUAUCUAUGGGUAAUGCUAAUUGCUGGUUUUACGGCUUGCUUAUUUUGUUGAAUUGAUAGUUUUUAGGUUUUCUAUGGUAUUUUGUAUACAUUGGGUUGUUAUGAAAGGAAAGGGAAUUAUUAGUUUUGUAGUGAAGGCCUUGCUAAGUUCUUGCAUCUCAUCUUAAGAAAGCUGCUGGUCAUCACUAAAUGCACUUGUUUUUGCUGCAUGAUAAUAGAGUUACGGCUUACAAAAUUAUAUUGGAGAAGUUAUCCAUGACAUUAUUACUUUUUGGUAUGUAAUCUAACAUUUUCAUAAAAAAUAACUGCCUUCUUGGUGACUGUGAAAUAUUUCCGACGCGUAUAAAUAUAUAAUAUGUUGAAAGUAAAUGUGUGAUUGGACUUUUCAUUACACAUUCAACUUGUAAUCAAAAUUAUUUAGUGUAGAGUAUACGUCAGGACUAUACUUUACACAUUUAUGUGAGUGCCACUAGGUAGCCACCAUUAUUUAUGACAAGUGGAAACCAUACAAUUGCAAAAACUUCAAUUUAAUGUGGUCAGAAUAUCGUUCUUUAUUUUUUUUUCUGUCCUUUUUAAAAGUUUAAUUUGUAUCUUUUUGUCUGAAUAUUCAAUAUAUUUUGUUGGUUGUAGACAUAAAUGUACAAGGGUCAUCAGGAAAGUAAAGUCCGAUUUCUUAUAAAAAAUAAAUAUCAACAAAUUUUUUUAAA